AAGAGAUCCCGUGAAACCAAAAACAAUCCGUGUCAUUCAAGUGAUAUUAAAUUCUUAAAUACUCAUCUUUUAUUGCAUGAUUCAAUACCGGAUCUAGUCCAAUAGAUAAAACGAAUGCAGUAAAACUUAAUUAAAGUAGAAUGAGACCAGCAAGCAACGUAAUAAUACAACUUUUUAUGUUUGACGAUUUUAACCUCAAUCAAUUUUUCACCGAAACAUUUUUCAAAAAAGUAAAUACAACUGGAAUAAGUUAAAUUAGUUAAAUUAAAUGGGAAAUUGACGAUUAAAAGUAGUGAAAAAUAUCUUAUAAACACGUAGAAUAAUUAAACUUAAACCUAAUUAAUUGUAUAUAAUCGUAGUUACUAUAAUCAAGUCAAGAUAUGGAUCUGAACAAACUAAUAAAAAGGAAAGAAAAGGCCCUAGACGAUGAUAAUAAGCAAUCCAUAGCAGAGCUGUGUAAUAAAAUUGGCACAUACUAUUACAAUCUGAAUAAAUUAGAAAAGGCACUGACAGAAUUUAAACAAGAAGCGAGAAUGUAUGAGCAGUUAAAUAUGCGAAUGGAUUAUGGAAAAGCAAAUAGAAUGAUAACUGAGGUUUAUUUGCUUCAGGGUAAAUUUACGGAUGCAUUCAAGCAUGAGGACAUAUACAUGAAGACAGCAAAACAAGAGAAUGACAUGGUUGAACUACAGCGAGCUUAUGCAACUCUCGGACGAAUAUAUUUGCUUAAAGGACAGGAACGUGAUAAUGAACUGUCUGAACAAACAACUGAGGAUUGUGGCAUUAAUUUCAAAUCCGCAGAAAAGGCAUUCCUGAAAAGCUUAAUUAUUACGAAAGAAGUAUCAAAAGACGUAUCAAAGUUUAAAUUGGCAGAUAUGCAAUCACGUAUUUACCUCAAUCUCGGUAUAACAAAAGAAGAAAUGAAGUCCUUUGAUGCGGCAAUUGAUUAUUACAAAACAGCACUAAGGAUAUGUAAAGCAAAUGAUUUGUAUGAGUUAGAGCACAAAAGCUUAAUGAAUAUUGGUCUUUGUUAUAUAACAAGAUUUAACGAUUCAUCUAGUGCCCUACAGUAUUACAAUAAAGCAUUGGAAGUUGCAAAAAGAGUGGACGGUAAAAAUGACAAAAUAUGUGAAACACUUCUGGCUAAAAGUGAUUUAUUGAUUAAGAAUGGUGAUUUUCAAAGUGCCAAAAAGGUCCUCAAAAAAGCUUACAAAUUAAGGACAAGUAUUGAAACGGAUAUGGAACAAAUUCAAAAGAAUUUCCGGAUCGUUCAUGCAUUAUGUAAAUUUGAGGACGAUUUAAUUACGACAGAUUCAUUUGACUAUGAGAAGAGAAAGAAGCUUUUUGAGAAAUUGGGUGACGGAUCAUGCAAGCUUAAAAAUUUUACAAAGGCUAUCGACUUUUAUCAGAAACAGCUUGAAGCGUCCGAAUUAAAUGGCGAAACAGGAAGGUCAUUAAUUCCAAUUUAUGUGAGCUUAUAUCAGACGUAUAUUGAUAUGGGCGAGUACGAGAAUGCGAUGAAAUUUUUACGUUUAGAAUAUGAACUAAUAAAGGAUGAACCAAAGGAAGCAUGCACGACGCUCAUGAGCAUAGCAAAUUUAUUACAUUUAGCCAAGAAGGAGUUUUGGGAUGUUGAUGCAGCAUAUCGUAAGGCACUAUCUGAAGCUAGAAAGGCAGAAGAUGCUGUUGUUGAAAAAUCUUUAAUAAAGAAAAUUAUAGCUGUAUGUAAGGAAAAUAAAAUGACGAGCUUAGCUGAAAUAUUAGAACAAGAAGCAUCUGAUAAAGGAAUUAAUUUAAAUGAUGACACUGAGGAAGUUGAUAUGAGUGAAGACCUGCUUGAUAGCUGUGAUAUAAAUGUUCUAGACUUUGAGCUUUCAACAGAUCCUGAAUCGUCGUCCGACAAUGAGAGAAAUACAUCAGUCACUCAAAAAGUUCCUGUAAGAAAGAAACGAUCAAUAGCUGUUAAGAAGAAUGCAAAAGGUGAGACGAAAUUACACGAAGCGUGCAUUAAUGGAAAUUAUCAACUUGCUAAAAUGCUCCUGGAUCAAGGACAUCCAGUCAAUGUUAGAGAUAAUGCCGGUUGGAUGUGCAUUCACGAGGCAUCAAAUCACGGUCAUCGAGAUAUCGUUGAACUGCUUUUAGACAAUGGAGCACAAUCAGCAAUUAAUGACAAAGGAGGCGUGACAUGUGAAGGCAUUACACCAUUAUAUGAUGCAGCAUCAAACGGACAUUUAAGUGUCGUCCAAUUGCUACUAGACCGAGGUGCAAAAGCCACAAUUAAAACGGAUGCAAAUCAAACAGUUCUUGAUGCACUUCUAUUUUGGCAUGAUAGCAUUAAAGGAAGCCUUACAGCCACAGAAAAGGAAUUUUAUGACGAGAUUAAAGAGCGUUUAGUGCAACAAUGUGAAAAAGUUGGCAUAGAUACAAAUAAAAAGCAUUCUAUUGCAUCAAGUGGAUAUUCAUCGAUAAAGUCUCAAUCAUCACAACGACAUAAUACGAGAUACAAUACGAAUUUAAGUGAUGACGAACGAGAGAAUGAGGAAAAUGAUUAUUUUGACAAUAAAAAAAAUUCGAGUCGAGACAAUAACGUUGUUGAUGAUGAUAAUAUCAAGAAGACUGCAAGACAUGAAUACAAAAGUGUUAUGGCAAAAUUAAAAAAUCCGCAUAAAGAAAGUAAAUUUGAUGUCGAUAAUGUUCAAGACACGAGAAAACGGUCAGCAUAUUUGAAUGAAGCGGAAAUUGCUGUAGAUGAUUGGCUUGAUGAUGAUUUAGGGCCAAUGAAGAAGAAGCAGAAAAAGUUUUUUAACGAAAAUGUCUUGCUGGAUGAGAAAAGUCCAAUAAAAACAAUCCAGACUCAAAAUUUUACAAGAAAAUCGUCAAUGAAUUUAAUCGCAUCUGAUUCAGACGAUGGAUGUGAAAACUUAUCGGAUUUAGGAUCAAACUCAGUCGAUGCAUUUGAUGUAAUGAUGAGUACGAACGGUGAGGGAAGUAAGAAGAAAUCCAGACGAAAUUCUAAUGCCAAACUACAAAGGAAAAGUUCUAAUCAGUCAUCGUUGCUCGAUGCUGGAUUUUCAAAAUUUAUUGAUUUUGAUGAGUCGUCAAGAAAGUCAUAUCCAUCACCCGUAAAAGCGUCAUCCACAUCAUUGAACAAUUUUACCUUAAAUGAGAGCUUUAAUCGUUGCAAUCAAUUGGAAAAGCAAACAAUCAUAAAAGUUCAGAUUGAUGCUGAAAAAAUUAUCGUACCGAUCAAUAGAGAUGCUGCGAAUGAGCUCAAAAUUAGUUGGUUGAUUGAAGAAUCAGCAAGACGAUAUUACUGUCUUAAAGGGAUUCGACCAGAACUGAAGCUAAAAACUGCCGAUGGUGCGACAUUAAUAGAUGCAGAUCCACUUAGUUUAAUCCUUUGCUUGACAGAAGAAAAUUUAAUAUUUUCCGAGAUUUUAGAUUGGAAACUUCCGACGCUCUCCAAUAGAUAUCUAGAGGCAUGUUCGGAAUAUAAAUGUGUUGUUGAUCGUGACAUGAGCGAGCUCCUUGAUUUGAAUCGAACAUCAGUAAAUAUUGACCUAUCGAAUCAAAACCUUCGUCCGAUAAAUGCCCGUCCGAUACUUAAAGCUCUCCAUCAUCAACAUUGCCUGAAUCAUAUCGAUAUAUCAAGUAAUUUUAUUCAAGACGAGGGACUAAAGUAUCUAACACAAGCACUAGUAACGAUGAAAAAUUUAUCAUGCCUGGAUUUAAGCGGUAAUGGAAUAACAGAAAGUGGAAUUGAAUAUUUCUGCAAUACGAUGGAUAAAAGUGUGACACCUACGGAUAUAAAGUAUCUGAAAUUAAACUUCAAUCCAAUCAAAUCGACAUCAUUAAAAUAUCUUAGUGAAUUAUGUCGCAAAAAAUUCAUCACCUCAAUGUCUCUCAUGGCAUGUAAACUCGUCGAUUUUGAUAAUAAUGAAAUUGAAACAUUCAGCAGUGUAAAAGAGUUGAACAUCAGCUACAAUCACUUCACGUUCAAUGGCUUGAAAAAUAUUUUUAGAAAAUUAAAUUCGACAUUGAUGGAGUCAAUAAAUUUGGAUCGAUGCUCGAGUGAAUUGAAUAUCGGCGAUAUCAUCGUGAACUUUAUCACGUCGGGUUGUUACAGCACUUUAAAGGAAAUACAUUUAUCAGGACUGAAGUUGAAGGAGAAUGAGAUACUUGACAUUUUGAGAUGUCUGCAGUCGUGUGGAAAUUUGAGAGUGUUGGAUCUGUCAUAUCUGAAUGACUUGACAGUUUUGACUAUGAAAUUUGUACUUUAUAAUAUGGGUAAUAAUAAUUUAAGAGUGAAUCUAGUUGGAUGUCACAAUAUUUAUAAAACAUUUGAUAUUAAAUAUAAUCAUGAUCAGUCGAUGUCAUCUUACCCAUGUCAUUUACAGCUGUCGUUACCAAAAGUGACGACUAAUGUACGAAAUGAAUUUAUAACAAAAAUAAGAGAUUUGUGGAUGAAUGUUACGGAAAGUCGUGGAACGAUUCAUCAAGAUAAAAAUAUUUUACACUUACUCGGCGACAAUCGGAGUGCUUAUGAGUUUUUAUGAUGUUAAACUUUGCCUUUUUUAUAGUUUUUAUAUUUAUGUGAUUAAGGACUUAAUGGUAGUAAUAAAAAUAUUAAGUAAGCGACAACUUUUUCAAUAUAAAUGCUUUUUUUAUAUGCUGCUCAUAUAUAAGCUUUUGGUCUUUCCUGC